AUGGAGUGGGAAGUGUUGGCGUCUCGGUCACACAGACAGAUUUCCGGACAUUUCUCCUCAGUCUAUCGGAUGACUUCUUGUUGGAAAGUUCUCCGGAAUUCUGAUGACGACGAUUCUGGCAGAAGCCUUGAGGGCCAUCAGCGGAGUUCCGCUUUAUUUUCUGUAGGUUUCCCAGCCAUGUUGGUGAAUGGAGCCUGCAGGGUGUUUGGUCUCCUGUCCCGAUCCUCGCACGGUUCUCUCCUCGGUGGUCUGCAGUCGUCUCAACCGGAGCUCCUCCUGGACUAGCGGUAAGAAGCGCAGUUAUUGGCGGUAUCUGAAGAGGUCAGUCCUGGGCACCCCCGCCCCACCAUACAAGCGAGUGGCGCAGACCGGAGAUCCAGUCUUGCGUGGCCAUGCUCAGCUUGUUCCUCCAGAACGCAUCCGGCACCCUGAAACGCAAGCCUUGCUGAAGAGGAUGACGCAGGUCAUGAGGUCGUGUGGCUGCGUGGGUCUGAGCGCCCCUCAGCUGGGGGUUCCGCUACGUGUCAUGGUGCUGGAACUCCCAGAACAUCUUUAUCAGAUGGUUCCUCCAGAUGUGCGGGAAAUUUCGAGAAAUGGAGCCCUUCCCUCUGAAGAUCUUCAUUAACCCGACCAUGCAGAUCCUGGACUCUCAAAGCCUCAGCUUCCCAGAAGGUUGCAGCAGUGUGCAAGGCUUCUCCGCUGUGGUGCCGCGCUGCCACUCUGUGGAGGUGUCAGGGCUGAAUGAGGAAGGGGAGCAGAGCAGCUGGAGGACCCGGGGCUGGGCGGCUCGCAUGGUGCAGCAUGAGAUCGAUCACCUGGACGGCGUCCUCUACAUCGAUAAAAUGGACCCCCGAACCUUUGUGAAUGUGAGCUGGAUGGAGGUCAAUGACUGA